UUUUUUUAUUAACAUUCCUUCAGUAACUGUACAUUUCUCAUCUUUUCCGGCCAAUUUGAUUGUACGACAACAAACGUUCAGUACUUAAAACACCCUCUCUCAUUGUUGUCAUUCAAAUCCAAAGGAAUCCCUUCAAAAAAAAAAAAUUAUCCAAAGGACCAAAACCCUAUUUCAGCAUUUUCCUGCUCGGAUUCUGAGCAUCGUCGUCACCGUCAACCAGAUCCUCCAGAUCAAAAGCUAAGUUCAAAUGCUAUAACCGGCUGAUAAGUUGUGAGCUGAAGAUGGUGAAGUUGACGAUGAUUGCCCGUGUUACUGAUGGCCUUUUACUAGUAGAGGGACUGGAUGAUGGCCGUGAUUUGAGAGAUGCAGAAUUCUAUAAACAGCAAGUCAAGGCUUUGUUUAAAAACCUCUCGAGAGGCCAGAAUGAGCCUUCAAGGAUGUCAAUUGAAACUGGCCCCUAUAUUUUCCAUUAUAUCAUCGAAGGACGAGUUUGUUACCUGACAAUGUGUGACCGUGCUUAUCCUAAGAAACUUGCCUUUCAAUACCUUGAAGACCUCAAGAACGAAUUUGAGCGUGUUAACGGGGCUCAAAUUGAAACUGCUGCCAGACCGUAUGCCUUCAUCAAAUUUGACACGUUCAUACAGAAAACAAAGAAACUGUAUCAAGACACUCAUACUCAGCGUAAUAUUGCAAAGUUGAACGAUGAACUCUAUGAAGUGCACCAAAUAAUGACUCGCAAUGUUCAGGAAGUUCUUGGUGUUGGUGAAAAGUUGGACCAGGUCAGUGAAAUGUCUAGUCGGUUAACAUCAGAAUCUCGUAUUUAUGCUGAUAAGGCAAGAGACUUAAAUCGACAGGCAUUGAUUCGGAAGUGGGCCCCUGUUGCCAUUGUGUUUGGAGUAGUCUUCCUUCUCUUCUGGGUCAAAACAAAGAUCUGGUGAUCCAACUGACUAUUCUGAAAACUUUGCACAUUUCUCCUGUGCUUCUGGUGGCAUAAUAGUCUAGACUUCAGGUCUGUUGCCCAUCCACAUAUGUACUUGAAUUGUGUUUCAAGAUAAAUUCUAGUCUUCAUGGAUGGAUUCGACUGAGGGAACUAGUCAGUAAGUAACUUGGGGUGAUGGAUCUCUGCAUGUGGAGCCUUGAAAGAGAGACCCGUUGCCUUUAAGACCAGAUAAAGAGCCAAAAUAUAUUUGUUCAAAAUUAUGAGAAAUCUUGAAAAAAUGUUUUUUAGUUGCUACUUUUAAUAUGCUUCUAUUGACCAUUACAUUGACGUACUUUAAACAUUAUCAUAUCAACCUUCCUAAUUCAUUUGGCUUUUGAUUUU